AUGGACACCAAGGGCAAGAAACCUGACUCUUCAGUCGAACCGCCUGACACUAUGACUCUACAUCAACUAGAGGACAUGCUAUCCAAAGGAGCCGAACCAACAGACACCAAUGAGAGACUUGAACAAUUCGUUCUUUGGAGAAUACAAGAGUACAAUGAAAACAAAUGGGACGCCCUCUCUGACAUCUUUGCUGAGGAAUUUCAACAAUUCGCUAAGGAGGACUUUGAGACCCUUUCCAAAAAGACUCUCUAUGGCUUACGAAACUGCCUACGAGCUAAUAGAGUCUAUGUUAAGAAAGGACGAGGGGUUUUAAUGUCCGAAUCAUUGGCCAAUAUAGUCCAAGAAGACAUCCCAUGGCCACUGAACGACGAGGAUCGUCCUCCACCAAAGCAGCAACAAUAUUACCCCCCUCAGCAGCAAACAAUUCAGCCGCAGCAGCCUUAUCGACCGGAGAACACUGUUCCUCUCCCCCCGCAACCGGCUUAUCAUCAGCCUUAUCGACCGGAGAACACUAUUCCUCUCCCCCCGCAGCAGCCUGUUCAGCCACAGCAGCCCUACCAACCAAUUAUCGAGGAUACCACUCCAGUCCACCCUCCCCCCACCCCAAGCGACGGCCCUCCACGUCAGCCUCAACAACAGUCAAUACAGUCAAUUCAGCAACAACAGCCUGAGGAUACCACUGCGCUCCCUCCCCCCCCCACCACAAACUGCGGCCCAGAUUACCGAGUCCCACACCUACUACCCUCGCUCUACCAAGUCAUUCAAGACUUCGAGAUCAAGGAACAGGCCGUUGCAGAGGAUUCUUUGAAGAGCACUACGAAGAAGAGCAUUACAAGCAGCAGCCCUGUCAACACGAGCCAACUCUCUGCGGUUCUACGUCCGCGCACUAUAUCGAUCCUCAGAGAGCCUACUUUCUCGCUCAGCACCGCUCGAAUUCAGUAUACUUCAAAUCUCGCUCCACCUUUCGCCUCCCAGCAUGCUUAUUUUCUCGCUCCACUUUUCGCCUCCCAGCAUGGUCAUUUUCUCGCCUCUUGGCUCGCCUCUCCGCUCGGCUACAUUCGUGAUACGGAGAAGCGGAAGGCUAUAGGCUAA